UGACAACUGCAGCAAUAUGGACUUCCUCUUUUUCGAUACGUUCGCGUUCGUGUAAAAUUGUUAAAAAUUUUCACAAAAUAAAUCUUAGCCAUGGUGCGUAUGAACGUAUUGGCCGAUGCCUUGAAAUGCAUUAACAACGCUGAAAAGCGUGGCAAGCGUCAGGUCCUCCUCCGCCCUUGCUCCAAAGUCAUCAUCAAGUUCUUGACUGUCAUGAUGAAACAUGGUUACAUUGGUGAAUUCGAAAUUGUCGAUGACCAUCGUUCUGGCAAGAUUGUUGUCAACCUUACCGGUCGCUUGAACAAGUGCGGUGUCAUCUCUCCCCGUUUCGAUGUUCCCAUCAAUGAUAUUGAAAAGUGGACCAACAACUUGUUGCCAUCUCGUCAAUUCGGCUAUGUUGUAUUGACCACCUCCGGCGGCAUCAUGGAUCACGAAGAAGCCAGAAGAAAACAUUUGGGAGGAAAGAUUUUGGGUUUCUUCUUCUAAAUUAAUAAACAUAACAACAAUUGAUGCAUCAUAAACUGUUUACAAGGCGGCAUUAACAAACAACAACAUGUGUUUGUCUGUGACGCGUGUAUGUUUGUAUGUUUUUUUUAUUUAAAAAACAAUAUUUUAUAUUAAUUAUAAAAGAAAGUGAUUUUGCUUAAUUUUAAGCAAGGAGAAUAAAAAAUUAAAAAUCUAAA